AUGGCCAAGCAAGUUUUUACGAAGGUUAUUAAGGUUAUUAGAAUAUUUGAUUGGUUUAUUAGAGCUGGAAUUACAGGCCUAUUGAGGUUUACCUUAUGGUAUGCCAUAAUUCAGAACACACAAAUAAGCACACACAUCAACACGCUUGCACUGCCGGGACCGAAGCAUGUCAUCACAACGAUCGAGAAACGCUUCGACAUAGGCAGCUUCUACAGCGGCCUCAUAGCCGGUAGUGUCGAAAUCGGAGGCGCAUCAGCCGCCGUUUUUGUCAGCUAUUUUGGAAGCGCCCGUCACAUCCCAGGUUGGAUCGGCCUCGGCGCGCUACUCACUGGUUUCGGCGCGCUGCUAACAAUUGCUAUAUGCAUAACACAACAACCACACCACUACCACCUCAACAGAAUCAACACCAACUCCCUAACGAAUAGCAGCCACAACUACUACAACAACCACCACCUGCAACUACAACAUCACAACCCUUCCCACCCAUUUGACACCCGCUACGCCCCCUCAAUCUCCGUUGGGGCCUACUACCCUAAACCGGACGACUUUCCAGAUGGACCUCCCUGCUCCGACAAGAGUGCGGAUAACUACCGCUACGUUUUAAUCUUAAUCGUGGCCCAGCUGAUGAUCGGCAUUGGUGGCUCGCCCCUCUACACCCUGGGCACCACUUACAUCGACAACCACGUCUCCACGAGGAAAGCGCCCACUUAUAUUGCUUUCAUAUAUGCCUGUGGUGUGUUCGGUCCGAUUCUUGGGUAUGGUUUGGGGGCGCUGAUGCUGCUCUACUACGUUGAUCUUUUGAGAUAUGACACAACGACCCUAAACCUAACUCCGAGUAAUUCGAAGUGGGUGGGGGCUUGGUGGGGAGGGUUCAUGUUGAUUGGGGCGCUUCUCUUACUUGUGUCCGUUCCUUUCUAUACCUUUCCGAAGAUCUUAGUGAAAGAAAUCCGCCAGCUAGCUAGAGAAGACAGACAGAAGUUUUUCUCCUUGUGUGACGUGUUUACUGCUUCCAGGGAACAUCACCAGCAACAACAACAACAACAGCAACAACAACACAGUAAUACAAAACUGCUUGAAGGCGAUGUUAAUAAUAAAAAUAAUAAUAACAGUAACAACAAUAAUAAUAACAAUGACGAUAAUGCUAAUAGCAGUAAUAACAACAACAACAAUAAUAAUAAUAAUAAGGCAGGCGGAAAUGGUGUUGGUGCUGAAAGUGGAAAACUCUGUCGAAGGCAGAACUGCUUACCUGUCUAUCAUCUUACUUUCAAACUUUCGUUUCACAAAAGCUGUAGCAUCCAGACGUCCACACCAGACGACGCACAUUUCUUAUGCACGCACAAGCACCGCAUCAUACGCGCGUGUCUUUUAGUUUCUGACAGACAGCAUUCGAAACAGAUAUUCCAUCUGCCCUGUACAAAAUUAUCUGCAACCCAAUCUACAUGGUCACCUGUCUGGGGAUCUGUUGCGAAGUGUCCGUCGUCAGUGGCUUCGUAUUCUUUCUGCCCAAGUGGCGUGGCAGUCCCAGGGGCAGUUAUUGGCAUCCUCAUGGGAGGGCACUGUCUAAGACACUGUCAACUAACAUCUAGAGGUGCCACACAGCUGGUUCUUGCUCUGAACAGCAUCGCACUGGCUGGGUUUGGAUUGUUCUUCGUGCUCGGAUGUAGCAAUCUCAAAAUUGCUGGGAUCACCGUCUCAUACGAUAACUACAGCCACUACAAUGACCUCAACAACUACAUCCCGCUGAGCAGCAAUCCAUUCUUCACGAACAACAACAACGUCCACAACAACAUUCACAAUAACACUAACAACAACAAUAAUAAUUAUUACAACAAAUUUAAUUUAACUUCCAUGUGUAAUAAAAAUUGUAAUUGCGAUGAUAAUUCUAUGGAGUUUGUGUGCGGCGAUAAUGGAGUCAUCUAUUUCAGUCCCUGCUAUGCCGGCUGUGUUACCGCUGCUGUUGGGAAUGGCGGGAAAGAGCAGAACUAUUCAGAUUGCUCGUGCGUAAUCUUACCGUCAUCAUUAUCAUCGUCACCCCAAUCACCGACAACCGGAAGUGUACAUCUGACGUCACUAGCGGAAGCUGGGAUGGGCGAAUGUGUAGGAAAAUGCGAAACUCUCGUUCCGUUUAUGGUUAUGUUGUUUUUUAUGACCUUCGUCGUCACUGGGACGCAAAUGCCGCUCGUCAUGGUUACUAUUAGAUCCGUCUGUGAACAAGAAAAGGCCUUAGCAUUGGGUGUGCAAUACGUUAUGUUGAGACUACUUGCAUAUAUACCAGCCCCUCUUAUAUACGGCUCUCAAAUCGAUCAGACGUGCGUUCACUGGGCGCGUGUUUGUGAGGUGGAGGGCAACUGCUUGGUGUACGACCUCGCAUGUGCUUCAUGUAUAAAUUCUUCGCCGCAAUGUUUUACCUUACCGACUGGAUAG